GCUGUACCUACAAAAGAGAAAUAUAUAAAACCAAAAACGAAUCAAUAAUUUUCCAAACCAAUUCUCUCUCCUUCUCUCCCUGGAAGUCCUUUUCUAUCAACCAAUUGAAAUUGAGAAAACCAUCGUCAACCACGCCUGAAAAAAAAACAAAAGAAAGAAAGAAAGAAAGAGAAUCACCAGCUAAAUUGAAAAUAUUAAACGACAAUCAAAUAUUCUUCAUUAUGGGAGAGGACCCCACAAAAUGACCCUUUUUCAGUCUCAUAAAAAUUGUGGAGGCAUCGGAACUUUUUUAUUAGUUUCGACAAACUUCAAGGUUCAGAAGCAUUAGUUGGUUGUUUGGGAGGGAUCGGAGAAGAGAUUUAGGAUAUAAUGUUCGGGUGCAAAUGCUUCUAUUGGAAUAGACUUACAGAUUUGUUGCCCAUGGAGCCCGAUAUAUUUUCUCUGCCUGCUCCCUUACCUGAGUGGCCUCAAGGUCAAGGUUUUGCUUCUGGGAAAAUGAGUCUUGGAGAACUAGAGGUUGUCAAAAUUACCAGAUUUGAGUUUGUUUGGGGAUGCGGCAUGUCAAAGGACAAGAAUAAAGGUGUUUCAUUUUAUAGACCAGUGGGAAUUCCUGAUGGAUUCCAUUGCCUUGGUCAUUAUUGCCAGCCUAAUGACCAGCCUUUACGAGGUUAUCUUCUUGCGGCAAGGGUGAUAGAUUCUUAUUUGCCAGAUACUGAUCAUGUUUGCGCUCAUGUUAAAUCACCAGCCCUUAGGAAACCGCUUGAUUAUACUCUGGUGUGGAGCCCUGAUGAUGGGACUGAGGGAAAGUAUAGUGGUUUUGGCUACUUUUGGCUGCCUCGGGCAGCUGAAGGUUAUAAACCAGUUGGCUUUUUGGUUACUGACAAGCCUGGCAAGCCUAGCUUGGAUGCAAUUAGGUGUGUUCGGGAUGAUUUAACAGAUAAAUGUGAGAAUUAUCGCCUUAUACUUAAUGUCGGUUCUAAAUUUUCUGAUUUUCCUUUUCAAAUUUGGAGUACAAGACCUUGUCAUCGGGGAAUGAUGGGAAAAGGAGUUCCCGUAGGGACAUUUUUCUGCAGUAGUUUCUGGAAUGCUGGGGAGGACUUAUCCACUAGAUGCUUGAAAAAUCUAAAUCCUACACUAUCUGCCAUGCCAAACCUUGAUCAAAUUCAUGCACUUAUCAAUCAUUAUGGACCCACUGUUUUCUUUCAUCCUGAAGAAGUCUACUUGCCAUCUUCUGUCUCAUGGUUUUUCAAAAGUGGAGCUCUAUUGUACAAAUCUGGAAUGACCGUUGGUGAGGCCAUUGAUGCUAGUGGUUCAAAUUUGCCUGGUGGGGGGACAAAUGACGGGCAGUUUUGGAUUGACCUGCCAAGUGAUGAUCACAGAGAUAAGAUCAUACAUGGACACUUGGGAAGUGCAAAACUUUAUGUUCAUGUGAAGCCAGCUCUUGGAGGAUCUUUUACUGACAUUGUGAUGUGGGUUUUUUGUCCCUUUAAUGGACCGGCCAAUCUCAAAAUUGGACCUAUGAGCAUCGCUCUUGGCAAGAUUGGAGAACACAUUGGUGACUGGGAGCAUUUCACUCUCCGCAUUUGCAACUUUACAGGAGAGCUCUGGAGCAUAUACUUCUCACAGCACAGUGGCGGUGAGUGGGUUGAUGCUUACAAGUUGGAGUAUAUUGAGGGGAAUAAAGCUAUUGUUUACUCAUCAAAAGCCGGACAUGCAAGCUUUCCUCAUCCUGGAACUUACAUCCAGGGGUCUUCAAAGUUUGGGAUUGGAAUUAAAAAUGAUGCAGCUCAUAGUAGUUCAUAUGUGGAUUCAAGCAGUCAGUAUGAACUUAUUGCAGCUGAGUAUCUAGGAGAAGGGGUUGUAACCGAGCCAUGUUGGUUGCAGUAUAUGAGAGAGUGGGGUCCAACCAUUGUGUAUGAUUCAAGAGCUGAGAUUGAUAAGAUAAUCAAGAAGUUGCCUUUAAUGGUACGGUAUUCAGUGGAAAACAUGUUUAAUAAACUUCCUGUUGAGCUCUACAAGGAAGAAGGUCCAACUGGGCCAAAGGAGAAGAACAAUUGGUUUGGAGACGAAAGAGGGUAGGUUAGUAAGAGAAACCCAUAGCUCAUUACUCUUUCAAUCUCUAGGAGUUGUGUGAAUAUAAUAUACACGGUUGGUAAAUCAUUGGAUUGUAAUUUGUUUGUAUGUAAAAUAUCAAUUUUUGUACUCUAUAUAAUAUUAAGGAAGAGGAUCUGAAUGGUGAGAGAAUUUUGGCAUUUAGGGUUAUUGUUCAACUACAUUGAGAAAUGAAUUGACUGUACAAAUGUGUUAGAAUUAUCGGAUUUCUUAUGAGAUUUUGCAGUUUGCAUUGUUAA